AUGGGUAUUGGCCCUGUCCGAAUUCUCGCUACAUUACGUUCCCCAGAAAGCAGUAAAAGGACAGGCCAUCGCAGACUUUCUGGCACAUCACCCUACUUUGGAUAUCCCGGUGGUGAGAGAGUUAGAGAUAGCGCCCAUAACUACCACUCGACCAGAUUUGGCGCGCAUUCCAGAGUACGCCAUAUGGUAUCAAGCCACAGUCUCCUUGCAGCCCUGGGUAUUUUUUUUUAUGGUUCAAGGACUGAAACAUUAGCAGGGGCAGGGAUUGUCCUGAAAAACCCAGCGGGCGAUCAUUUCUCUUACUCUUUCCAACUGGAGUUUAAGUGUACAAACAACCAAACUGAGUACGAGGCCCUUAUUAUUGGCCUAGAAGUCUUACUGGAACUAGGGGUAAGAGAUGUUCAGGUCCGCGGCGAUUCCUUACUUGUGAUAAAUCAGCUUCAAGAGAAAUACAGAUGUGCAAGCUGUUUGCUCGUCCCCUAUUUAAAUCGCGCCAUUGAGUUGCUGGAUCAGUUUGAUGACUUGGGGUUGGAGUACAUCCCUCGCGAGCGCAACUUCGCAGCCAACGAACUCGCUCAAUUGGCUACAGGCAUUACAUUGAAGUACGGGGUUCGCGAGCGCAUUCUGAAAGUCGAGUGCCGCACGUUGCCUUCAUGGCUCGCACGGCCUGACCCUCCUGAUGAUCCAGUCAUCGCUGUCCUCGAGCCUAUUGACAUUGAUUGGUGCAUUCCAUUGAUCAAUUACCUCAAACAGCCAGACCAGACAGCUGACAAGAGGACUCGUUUUCUUGCCUUAAAUUACUUCCUCAGGGACGAUGAGCUGCUUCGGCGUGGGGAGGAUGGCAUAGAUUUUCGCUUUGCGUAUGGCCAUGAAGCGAAAUGA